AUGAAACACCAUCUUAUGGAACGCAGGGGAGAACAGACACCAACCAGUGGGACCACAAUCGGCAUGGCCAGCCCAGAGUCCACAAAGGAGAACACAGGCGUAUGCUGGCCAGGAACCAUGAGGAGGAACGAAUCAUCUCCGAGGCCAGGGCCUGCCUUCCUCCCAGAGGACGACAUCUACUUGGCAGCCCGGACACACAGGAUGCUGGGCUGGAGCAGCUCUCCAUCAUCCCAGUCAUCCUCAGAGUACCAGUCUUAUUCUCAGUACCAGUCCUGGGCUUCCAGCAGGAGCGAGGAGGAGCAGGAUGCCCCACCCGAGAGCGUGUGUGCACUGUACACGCAUGUGCAGACCGUGCGCGGUGUGGCAGUGGCUUGGGAGACUGAUGAUGGCUUCGAGCCCGUCACCAGGAAGCCCCUUAUCCGUGAGGCUGAGUUCAUCAAGCGACAGCGGCGGAAAGGUUCCUCCUUCGAAAUGGCCUCCAACACAGACUUGCGCUGGGAGCUGGAAGCCUGCAAGCACUACUGCCCGGAGCCUGAGGACCCUGUGGACUGCUGUUUGCAGGAGUUGCGAGCACCGCCAGACUGGUUGGUCACCACCAACCAUGGCCUUCGCUGUGUGGCCUGCUGUAGAGUCUUCCCCACGUUGGAGGCGCUGUUGGACCACGCCCAGCAUGGCAUCCGCGAUGGCUUCAGCUGCCAGAUAUUCUUUGAGGAGAUGCUGGAAAGGAAGCGGGCCCGGGAUCAAAGGCAGGACCAACAGCCUGUAGAGGAAGAGCAGAGCCCUUCUGACAGUAGUGAAUGUUCCAAGCCCUGCACCAAGGAUCUUCCUCAGAACCCACAGCAAGAGCAACAGCCGCAGCAGCCGCCACAGCAGCAGAAGCCCGAGCAGACGCCACAGCAGCAGAAGCCACAGGAGCAGGCACAGCAGCAGAAACAGCAGAAGCAGCAUCCACCGGGGAAAUAGAGAUUGGAGGUGAGGUGCCCACCCUCCCUCCAGCAUCAUGGGCUGCUGCUCCUUUUCCAGCCAACAGGACCAGAGCCACCAGAGCAGGGGGAGAGGACCAAGGUGGUGGUGGGGGGAAAGCU